AUGCUCAUGAACAAGACUGGAAAUAAAUUGGACGAGAUUAAAACAGAUUUGUCCUCUAUAUGGGGUUAUCACGCUGUGACUUACGAUGGUGAUUUGCUGUACAUCGACGAAUCAAACAACAGCAUCAAGAAAUACACAUCAGACAGGAAGACCACAACUGUAAUCAUAACCACGGGAGCCUGGACGCCCUGCAGUGUGUACUCCUCCCACAGUACCGGCGACAUACUGGUGGGGAUGAUUAGUGUUGACGGGAGAGUGGUCCGAUACAACAAGGAGGGUCGUGAGCUGUGGCAGAGUCAGUACAACGCCCAGGGUCAGCGUCUUUAUGGUUAUCCUAACUAUAUAACAGAAAACGUGAACGGCGACAUCUGCACGUCAAACGGUAUCCUCAAUAAAGGCGUGGUGGUGGUGGUGGACAGGGACGGAAAUCACCGGUUCUCCUACAGAGGGCGUCAGGACGGAUCAAAAUUCAAUCCAUUGGGAAUCUGUACCGACGUCCACGGGCGGAUCCUAGUGGUAGUCAAUCUUGGCAUCGUCCAUAUGAUUGAUCAGAACGGAGAGUUUAUCACCGUCCUACUGACCAGUGAUCAUGGAAUAUCUUGUAAUUACGGACUGUGUACAGACAGGGACAAUAAUAUCUGGCUUUGUGGACUCAACAGAGUCAAAAUGUACAAUUGGUUGAGACAAAAUAGCUCACCAAAGUUUCCUGCACCACAAACAUCGCCAGACCCAUUGUUGGGAACAACACCAGAAUCUACUGAGGAGGACUCUAUGGAAGAUUCCAUUCAGCCUCCACACGACAAGAGAAAAUCGGAGGCGUCAAAUGGUGAAACAUCUGUGUGCCUAAGACGUGAACCUGUGAAGGUAGCUUUGUACUUUUCAAGUUCUGUAGACCACUACAUGUACACAACAGGUACCCGAGUGUCUCCCACAUCCAAGGACAACAGAUUACAGGUGUGGAAAUAA